UCAAAACAAACUUUGAAACUUUCAAAUUUUGAUAAUAAUGAUUAAAUUAUAUUUUAGUUGCAUUUUAUGAUUGUGCGUUCAAGAGAACAUUUGGAUACACACACUCAAAAUGCUUCUAAUCAUUUGAGAAACUAGGCUUUGUGGUUGGGAAAUUUGUCGCAGUGAUGGCGCUACAAUUAUCUACCUUCGUUUCCAACCACAGAAUAGCUGUUAUCAACUAUCAAAGCUUAUUCAAAUGUAUAUUAAUAUUAUCCUAUAAUAAUGUCAUUCAAAAUACAUCAAGCUUGUAUGGAAAUACUAAAACCCCAUUUCCAGUUUCGCCUCCCACUAUUGGCUACGGAGGCGUGAUUGGCGCUCAAACCAUCCAAUUGAAUGUCGCCAUUGUCGUGUAAGCCCCUCCCCCAGCGCUACCCAGUGGGUAAGUGAACUAGAGCGGAUCAAAAACUUGUCGUCAACACGCUUAAUAACCCCGCUCGGAGAAGUGGGACAUAUACUACUGUGUUUUUCUUUCUCUUCCGGAGCCGAUUAUCUUUUUUUACAUCACAGAUUUGUCUCCGAGAACGAUAAAGAGAAAGGAAAGAUGCCGCUUCUCCACAAAAAGCCGUUCGUGAGGCAGAAACCGCCGGCUGAUAUCAGACCCGACGAAGAAGUCUUCCUCUGUAAAGUCACACAUGAAAUCUUCAGGACCUACGAUGAAUUCUUUGAGAGGACCAUUCUGUGUAACAGUCUUGUAUGGAGCUGUGCGGUGACAGGGAAGCCCGGCCUGACCUACCAGGAAGCCCUGGAUAGUGAGAAGAAAGCCAGACUUAAUCUUCAGAAAUUUCCCAAUGCACUGCUCGUCCCCCUUCUGCACCUGACAGCACUUACACACCGCUCACGUCUGCAUGAGAUAUGCGAUGAUGUGUACGCUUAUGUCAAAGAUCGUUUCUUUCCUGGAGAAAUAGUGGAUGUUGUCACUCGUUCUGGUGCCAGACAACCCUGCAAAAUAUUGGAUGUUACACCUCCUCAUUCCAAUGGCACAGUCAACGGCCAUGUCAGACAUCAUAUAGAGGGAGAUUCGAUUGUUAUCAGUGACAGUGAUGAGGAGCCCACAGUCACUUCUCCCAAAACACCAACUACUGGCAAGAAGAAGAAAGCCACCAGUCCAUCUUUAUUUAAAUACAGAGUUCAGCCUGUCAGCCCAGAGGGUUGUGAAACUUUAGUGGUAAAAGCUUCUCAGAUUAGUCGUAAGAAGAGUGUUUUUAGUCGAGAUCGAUUGAAGCUGCUUCUUAAACAGCACUGUGAACCAAUGAAAGGGACCAUCCGACUCAAGCCAUCAACAGUUCUAGAAUACAAGAUAGCCGAACACAGUUUCUCCCACUUCUUCCCGGAUGAGCCGCCAGUGUUUGCCUUCAGUCCACCGGGGAAGGGCAGAGGUUGCCGUCCUAAUGAUACCUCCCCAACAGAGAUGAAUUAUGGUGAGGAGAAAUUCAAACUGAUGCAGCAGAAAGAACAGAUGAUGGCCAUGGAAAAAUUCAAGAAAGAAAGAGAAGAUCUAUUUGAGGCCAAAAGGAAAGAAAAAGAGGACAAGGAGAAAAAGAGAGAGGAGAUGAAGAGGAUAUUAGAAGAGGAGAAACAUAGGCGGAAAGAGGAGAAGGAACGAAUGAGACUUCAGAAAGAGAGGGAACGAGAGAAGCUAAAGGAGGAAAAGAAAAAAUAUGCAGAACGAUUAAAGUUAUGGAGCAAACCUCGAGAGGACCUGGAGUGUGAUGACCUAAAGGAGCUGCCAAAGCCUCUUCCAGUGAAAACACGUCUUCCUCCAGAGCUAUUUGGAGAUGCUCUGAUGGUGCUCGAGUUCCUGAAUGCAUUUGGAGAGCUAUUUGAUCUAAAGGAUGAAUUCCCUGAUGGUGUAACACUUGAGGUUCUGGAAGAGGCCUUGGUGGGCUCUGAUCCUGAGGGGCCACUCUGUGAACUGCUAUUUUUCUUCCUUUCGGCCAUAUUUCAGGCUUUGGCAGAGGAACAGGAGGAAGUGGCCAAAGACCAGGUGGCGGAAGCGGACACCAAAGAUCUUAGUGAAGCUCUGGAGGAUGACGCUGACCCCACACAGUUUGCCAUCAGCGCUGUGGCAUCUCUUGCUGCUGCCUGGCCACAACUGCACCAAGGUCAGAUUCUGAAGCAGUUGGAUCUGGACAGCUGUACUUCCUCUGAGAUUCUGAGGCUGCAUAUCCUGGCAUCGGGGGGAUGCAUGUCCACCAAUGCAAAGUUUCGCUACCAGAAACAGGGGGGGUUUGGCUCCACAGAUGACCCCUGUGUGGAGCUGUGUCUGUCAAACCAGUGCCUGCUCAAAAAGCUCUCCUGCAUUGCUGUCUAUGACCUGCUGCCUGGAGAGAAGCUAAAGAUCCUCCAUUCUUUGUGUGGAAAACUGCUGACUUUGGUAUCUACAAGAGACUUUAUAGAAGACAAUGCAGACGAGCAGAGAUCUGCCAAGCAGGAAUUGCGAGAGCUUAAAGCUGAACAGCAUCGCAGAGAACGAGAAGAAGCUGCAGAGAGGGUUCGAAAAAGAAAGGAGGAGAAGCUAAGGGAACAGGAGCAGAAAUUGAAAGAAAAACAUGAAAAACUCAAAGAGGAGGCAAGAAAUGGAGACCGUGUUUCAGGAGAGGAGUUGGACAUCAGCACAGAAAGCCAGGAAGGUCAUGCUGAGCAAAACACAGAGGAUGAGGAGGAGCAACCAACCAAAUCUAAGAAAUUAAAGAAAACAGACAACCUCCCGAAAGAGAAACCGGUGGGUGAGGUUGAAAUGAAAGAGAGUCUGAGCCCAGAGGAGUUACAGCAACAGCAGCUCAAAGAGAAAGAACUCCUGGAGCGCAUUCAGAAAGCUAUGGCCUGCACCUACAUCCUGCCUCUCGGCCGAGACCGCCUUUAUCGCCGCUACUGGAUUUUUCCUGCUGCCGGGGCACUGUUUGUCGAGGAAGACUUCUUUGGCCUGACAGAGGACAUGCUAGAUCCCCGUCCUACUCCCGAACCUAAAAUAGAAGCGCUUUCCUCAACUGAGAGCCCUGUUAAGACCGAUGCCAUCACUGAGGACCCAAUGCUGGUCCAGAAUACCUCACCGCCAGUCAACCGGCCUAAUCAGUGGUUCUUCUACAGCACACCUGAGGAGGUAGAGCAGCUUAUAGAGGCUCUAAACCCUCGUGGAAACAGAGAGAGCAGCCUUAAAGAGACACUUCUGCAGGAGAAGGAGCACAUUGUUCAGCUGAUGGAUAGCAAAGCUGUUCAGCGUUACCAUUACUCAGAUGAAUCUCUGCAAGAGACCAAAACCAGCACUUUAAAGCCAAAAGUUGGCCCGUCUUACACACAAAGCACUGUACCUGCUGAGCGCUUCAUGGAGAACCGUCUCAGAGAUCUACUACUGGAUAUUGAGGACCGCAUCUAUCAAGGAACUCUGGGGGCAAUUAAAGUGAUGGACAGAAACUCAUGGAGAGUUGCACUGGAAAAUGGAAACAUUGAACUGCUAAAUCCCCAGUCCAAAGGUAACGGGCUGAUCAACAGAGAAGAGGAGCCAAUGGAGAUUUAUGAGAAUCAAGUCAAAGUCAAAGACAGGUUGCAAGAAUUGAAGGCUGAGGGUCAGAGUGCCACGUCCACUGCUGUGAGCACACCACAACCAGUCAAUAACAUUGUCCACUAUUUGGCAUAUGCUCUUGCACAGAUUGAGCAGGGCAUAGGCAAGUUCCUGAAAGCUCCUCUAGGUUGUUGUGACAGCACCAGACAGCUGCUCAACCUCUUGUCUGUAAGCAGACUCUUCUCCAUCCUUGAUGAGGCCGAUGGCUGUGAUGUCAUCCUCAAACUUUCAGGGUUGACAUCAUCUAAGGUCUUCAAUUAA